GUGCUUGUUUAUUUUAGAGAUUUGUAGUUGUUGAUUUAAUUAAUAAGUCGAUGAUAUAAAGCCGUUUUGGAGAAAUUUGUCGCAACACUUAUAAGCAACUUCUAAAAAUUGUGUCACGACGAAUAACGAGAACUGUGACACGACAAGUAAAAAGUAUUGUGGCACGACAAAUAACGAGAGUUGUUACACGACAUUUAAAAAGAAUUUUGACACGACAACGGGAUACGAGAAUAAAGAGUUAAACAGUUUCAUACCGUUAAAAAUGGAUAACGCAUACUUUGAAAAACAAUACACUCCCAGCUACUGGACUUCUAAACAUUCUAGCAGAGAUGCAUGCUUGGAGCAUUAUUUGAAACUUUCUUUGCAUGAGUCUGAAGUUGUCAGAAGCAAGUUUCAAUGCGAAUUAAAUGUACAGUAUGGAGAUUCCGAUAGAGAAAAAGUUGAUUAUUUCUUUCCUGACAAAGUAAACAUUAACAAAAUACUUUUUGUUUAUAUUCAUGGUGGAUUUUGGUAUGAAGGGAACAAAGAAAUGUAUUCAAUGAUAGCCAAACCUUUUUUACAAAAUGGAAACGCCGUUGCAGUUGUUGGUUACGAUUUAUGUCCUACAGUUAGUAUAUUUGAAAUAAAAAAACAAAUUUUAAAGGCAUUUGAUACUAUAAAAUCUCGUUUUCCAGAGUUUGAACUAUGCAUUAUUGGUCAUUCGGCAGGAGCAUAUUUAGCAUUUGCGCUUGCUCAUGAAAGCAAGAUGUGCAUUAAAGGCUUGGUUUUAAUAAGCGGAGUUUAUGAUGUCACUCAUUUAAUUAAGACCAAAAUGAAUGAGUUAUUGCGAAUCGACGACAAAAGUGCUCAGGCGUUGAACUUAUACCAAUGCUGUGAUAAACUACAAACAGAAAGCAUUUUAUUUUUUGUUGGCACUGAUGAGUCCGAAGAAUUCCGAAGACAAACUCAAGAGUUCUGUGAACAUGUUUCAAAGUUUAACUCGAAUGUUCAUAUUUGCGCCUUUGAAAACGAAGAUCAUUUUAGUUUAAUUGAAAAUUUCUCCGAGAAUCAAUCUAAAGUUGUUGAUCAAAUUUAUUUAACUUUAAAAGAAUAAAACAAGAAAUUGUUUUCUCAAACAAUCUUGUCCUCCUUAUAGAUCUGAAACUCUAAUUGGAACUUUGUACUUAAAUAGUACCAUAUAUUAAAAACACCAAUCAUCUAAAGUUAUAAAUAAAUUUUUUUAAAUAA